AUGUGCGUGGCUGCGGAUGGAUGGCGAAAGUUAAAGACUACGGAGCCGCAGAAGCUCGACAGACCUAUGCGGGCCUCUCUGUUCGUUUGCUUCUUUGCUGAGCUGCAGGCAAGACUGCGCGCGCUUGAGAGCAAAGACGAGGAUGUUGCCAAGCUUACCGACCUUGGAUGGCUAGCCAAAGGCCCCCCUUUUGUGUGGCAUUUCCUGAAGUGGGAUGCCGCAAGCCAAUCGAACAUUGUGGACACGUCCAAGCCCCCGCUCACGCAAAGUGAGAUCCUAGAGCACCUGCAAAUCCUCCUGAAGAACGUUGUAUCCUCGAAUAGUUUGGCACGUUUUCAUCCUACCCGGCCCAUGGCGGAGGACAUGAGGGGUGACUCUCUAGUUUUCUUGAUCCAGGUGGGAAUACAAGGUGAUGCAGCUGCUGGUCUCCGGAGUAGCCUCAAGGCCUUAUGCUACAAUGCAUCAUUGCAGCUGGUUGCCACGCAGCUCCGAGAGGACAGGCAGACGAGAUCCACAUUGGCGAAUUCAGUGGCUGCCUCGCUGCCGAAGAGCAGCUGA